GUUGAGUGCAUUUUAGAGUGGCUGAAGGUCGAAUUGAGCAAGCAGUGUUUUCUGAGCCAUCAGCUCACGUGCACCUUUGUCUCUCACAGAUUCUACUUUGCAAUCUGCUAAGACAAGAUGGAAAAACUAAUGCAUCUGAAUCUCUUUCUCCUCGGCAUAGAAAUUGCCUGUGCUCUUCAGUGUAGACUUUGCAUUGACUACUACAAUGGCGUGUGUGAAAAGAAGGAGACAACAUGCAUUGCCAAGGAUGGUGCCAGCUGUAAGAGUUAUAGAGAAUCUUCUGAAGCCAACUUAUCAUUCCCAACACGUGGAUAUAGUGAAUGUUCCCAUGAUUGCUAUCCCUACUAUGGAGUUUGGCAGGGUUUAACAAUACUGGUAUUUUGCUGUGAUAGCCAUGAUUUGUGCAAUGACCUCUCUGAGCCAAUUGAUCAUUACAUAGCAACAACACCUAAUAUAUUAUUUUAGUUUCUUCAUCAUUGUUCCCAGAUUUCAUCUCACCCUGGACUGGGAUUUCCCCAAUGCACCUGAACUCUUGGAGCCUAAGAAAGAUACUGUUUUCAUCUUAUUUCCCAUAUCCUCCUGCUUUUUAGUUUCCUCUAAUCAACACGAACUUGUCUGACCUUGAUUUCAAUGGGCUUUCUUGAUCUAGAAGGGAGGAGAUAAUAUUCACAUGUUAAAAAUAUCCUGGGCUAUAGAAGGGGAACUGAACAAUGCCACCCAGUGGGAUAAUUCAGUGUUUUACAGAGUGGUAAAAGUGGUAGGGCACUGAGUUUUUCUGAAUAACACUGUCAGUCUAUUAAAUGACAGGAGGUAGGAUCAAACAUUAAUCAGAUAUGAAUGGUGGAGGAAGUCUAGGUGAGGCUACUUAGGUUGUCUGGGACAGCCCUGAAGAGCUUGCAGAUAUACAUCCAGUUUCAUCUUCCACCCAUAUGACAUUUUCUGCUUCUAAUCCAUGGACUUUUUCAUAGUGAAUAUAUAUUUUUAAUGGGAGGCAAAAUGGUAGAUUUCACUAAGACAUUUCACUCCUCCAAAAUGUAUGUGUUUGAAUUUCUUUCUAACAAGCACUGUGGACCCAUAGUCACUAGUGUUUGCUCAAACAGAAGGAAGCAUACCCUGGGAGGCAGACUCAAUGGUUCCUCUCAUUCAGGUGAGAUACCUGGGUUGAGUUCCCGGCUCCCAGCUUUAGCCUCAUGGUCACUGUAGGCAUUUGGGGAGUGAUGCAGUGGAUGUGAACUCACUUUCUCUGUCUCUCACUCUCCCUCUCCCUCUUUUUCUCUUCUUUCUCUAUCUUUUUUUCUCUAUGGAUCUUAGCUCUUAGACAAAAAAGCCAACUACUAUAUCUUAAAUAGAAACAUUAAAUAUGAAAAAUUAUUGUUAAAUGUAAAUGUUAGGAUUUGUGUGCUGUAUAUUUGAUUACUGCUAAAUUAAAAAGUAUUGUAUUAAAAAUAAAAUAUUUGAAAUUACUUCAGAUGAUAUACAUAAAAAUUUAUGUUCUGUUUACAUCUCGGGCUUUCAGCAGAUGGUGGCUGAGUAAGAUGCUUGGGUCAUCUCUGCACAGAGGGAUCAAUUUUAAUAUCUAUUCACACACAAAGUCCCCUUUACUAGAGCUGCAGAAGUCAAAUUAG